AUGGUGGCUGGAUAUGGAAUACUGAAAGAAAUGGACACAGGGAAGACACCUACUGAGACCUUAAACCCUGGCACUGGUGUCAUGGAAUCAGUCACCUUUGAGGAUGUGGCCGUGGGGCUCCUCCAGGAGUGGGCGUUGCUGGAUGGUGCGCGGAGGAACCUGUGCAGAUACGUGAUACUGGACAACUGCAGGACCCUGGCCUCUAGGGGGACUCCACCAUGCAAACCCAGUCUGGUCCCCCAGCUGGGGCCAAGAGCAGAGCCACUGGCAGCAGAAUGAGGGAUUCUCCAGGUCACGGGUGCAGACUGGGAAUCUCAACUUAAACCCAAAGAGUUGACUUCUAUGCAGGAUAUUUUGGAAGAAACACCGUCCAGUGACAUGCAAAUGGGACUGACGGUGGCUGUGCAGAUUCAGAGGAUGGUGACACUGGUGCCCACGCUGGGCCACCCUGACCCAUGGGUGGCCGGGGCUUCUGCUCUGCCUGCAACGGGCCUCGCCUGGCUCCAGGAGGACAGCACACAGGAAGAAGCCUUGGCUCCUGGGUUGCUGACCACCUGUUCACAGGAACCAGUCACGUUUGCAGAUGUGGCUGUGGUGUUCACCCCAGAAGAAUGGGUGUUUCUGGACUCUGCCCAGAGGAGCCUGUAUAGAGACGUGAUGCUGGAGAACUACAGGAACCUGGCCUCCGUGGGAGAUCGACUCUGCAGACCCUGUACAUUGUCCCAUUUGGAGCAAAGAGAAGAGCUGUGGACCAAGGACAAAGGAGACGUCUCAGGUACUUGUCCAGAACCUCAGCUUCAACCCAGAGAGUCAGUUCCUGGUGAAGAUAUUUUUGUGGAGAUUCCGUCCAUUGGCAUGAAAAGGCAACCUCAGCCUGGAGAAAACCAUAAAUAUAAUGAACUUGAGAAAUGUUUUAACAGCAUCGAACCACUUUUCCAGUACCAGAGAAUUCAUGCGGGAGAGGCCCCCUACGAAUGUCAAGAGAGUGGAAAUUCCUUCUUCCAGAGCGCUCACCUAAUCAUGCCUGAGAAAAUCCGUAGUGGGGAUAAAACCUAUGCAUGUAACCAAUGUGAAAAAUCCUUCAGAUACAGCUCUGACCUCAUCAGGCACGAGAAGACUCACACCACAGAGAAGUGCUUUGAAUGCCAAGAAUGUGGGCAAGCGUUCAAGUAUUCCUCAAACCUGCGGCGACACUUGAGAACCCAUACUGGAGAGAAGCCCUUCGAAUGUAGCCAUUGUGGGAAAACCUUCACGAGGAACUUUAACCUGAUUUUGCACCAGAGAAACCACACAGGAGAGAGGCCCUAUGAGUGUAAGGAUUGUGGGAAGGCGUUCAAUCAGCCGUCAUCCCUCAGGAGCCAUGUGAGAACUCACACGGGAGAGAAGCCCUUCAAGUGCAGCCAGUGUGGGAAAGCCUUCAGAGAACACUCAUCGCUGAAGACCCACCUGCGGACCCACACCAGAGAGAAACCGUACGAAUGCAACCAGUGCGGCAAGCCCUUCCGGACAAGCACUCACCUGAAUGUGCACAAGAGGAUACACACGGGGGAGAAAUUGUAUGAGUGCGGGACUUGUGGUCAGGUCUUGAGUCGUCUCUCGACCCUGAAGAGUCACAUGAGAACUCACACCGGAGAGAAGCCCUACACAUGCCAGGAAUGCGGGCGAGCCUUCAGCGAGCCCUCCUCCCUCAGGAAACACGCGAGGACUCACAGUGGCCAGAAGCCCUAUGCGUGCCAGGAAUGUGGGCGAGCGUUUGGUCAGUCUUCACACCUCAUCGUGCACGUGAGAACACACACUGCGGGGAGACCCUAUCAGUGUAAUCAGUGUGAUAAAGCCUUCAGACACAGCUCCUCACUCACGGUGCACAAAAGGACCCACAUGGGGAGAGAGAACAUUAGGAAGGGCGGCCUGCCUUUAUCAGUGUCUCAUUCCUAUGGUGGGCCCCUUGCUAAUUAA